AUGAUUUCCAGCAGCAGCAGUGCAACACGAUCUGGCAAGAACAGAAAUGUUUUUCCCAAAGUAAAGGAGUAUGUUUCGACAAGAACGGGAAAGAAAAUGGCUGAGGCUGGGAAGAAAGUUGUAGAAUCGAAAGUAGGUGCUGUCAAGAAGCACAACGAGAAAGACGAGGAGCACAAGAAAUUGCUUGAAGUUUUGGGGAAAAUGGUGGGGAAGAACGAGAAUGACAGUGGCAGUGAGAAUCCCUUAGAUUUGUUUUUGAAAAUUGGAUUAGAUGAAAAGACUGCGAAAAACACCUUAGCUAACAACAAGGUCACUGCUAAUCUCACCGCCAUCAUUCAUGAGGCAGCUGUAACUGAUGGUUGUGAUCGGACAGUCGGAAAUCUUCUUUACAUGGCCGCAACGAAAUUCCCCUCAAAUGCACUUGUACAUCGACCUGCCUUGCUUAAAUAUGUUAUUUCGUUAAAGAUUAAAACUCCUGCUCAGUUGGAAGCCGCCUUCUCAUUUCUUGAUGCCACUGCUUCUGACAACUUGAAAGUCAAUGAUUUUGAAGCUGCUUGUGGUGUUGGUGUUGAAGUUUCUAAAGAAGAUAUUGAAAGCGCAGUUAAUGAGAUUUUUGAGGAAAACGAAGCUGUUAUUUUGGAGCAGCGUUAUCGAACAAAUGUUGGUGAAUUAUUUGGUUAUGUUCGAAAGAAGCAGCCGUGGGCUGAUCCGAAGAUUGUCAAGCAACUCAUUGAUGCAAAGUUAUAUGCUCUGCUUGGUGAAAGAACUGCCGCAGACAACGAAAAGCCUGUGAAAAAGAAGAAAGAGAAGGCUGUUAAAGUUGAGGACAAAGCAACUGUUGAAGAGACAGUGGAACCAUCUGAAGAAGAAACUAAUCCAUUUUUAAUAUUUCCUUCACCAGAGGAAAACUUUAAGGUACAUACUGAAAUAUAUUUCAGCGAUCGUCCUGUGCUUAGAGCUUGCAAUUCAAAGGAAGUACUUGAAAAACAUUUGAAGGUGACUGGUGGAAAAGUUUUUACACGCUUUCCACCCGAACCUAAUGGAUAUUUGCAUAUAGGUCAUGCCAAGGCCAUGUUUGUGGAUUUUGGCCUUGCAAAAGAAAGGGGUGGAUGCUGCUAUCUAAGGUAUGAUGAUACCAACCCAGAAGCUGAAAAGAAAGAAUAUAUUGAUCAUAUUGAAGAAAUUGUGAGAUGGAUGGGGUGGGAACCUUUCAAGAUCACUUACACCAGUGAUUAUUUUCAAGAACUCUAUGAAUUAGCAGUGGAGCUGAUACGGAGAGGCCAUGCUUAUGUUGAUCACCAGACACCUGAAGAGAUAAAAGAGUACAGAGAGAAGAAGAUGAACAGUCCUUGGAGAGAUAGACCAAUCGAAGAAUCACUAAAAUUGUUUGACGAUAUGAAGCGGGGAGUGAUUGAUGAAGGCAAGGCAACAUUAAGAAUGAAACAGGACAUGCAGAGUAAUAACUUCAAUAUGUAUGACCUUAUUGCUUACCGUAUCAAGUUUACUCCUCAUCCACACGCAGGAGAUAAAUGGUGCAUCUACCCAAGCUAUGAUUACUCACAUUGCAUUGUAGAUUCUCUUGAAAACAUAACUCAUUCGCUGUGUACGCUCGAAUUUGAAACACGACGAGCUUCAUACUACUGGUUACUGGAUGUACUUGGCCUUUAUCAACCUUAUGUAUGGGAGUACUCCCGAUUGAAUGUCACCAAUACGGUGAUGUCUAAGCGUAAGUUAAAUCGUCUUGUAACAGAAAAAUGGGUUGAUGGUUGGGAUGAUCCCCGUCUCAUGACACUUUCUGGACUGCGACGUAGAGGGGUAACUGCAACUUCCAUAAAUUCUUUUGUCCGAGGAAUUGGAAUUACCAGAAGUGAUGGUAGUCUGAUACGUUUGGAUCGCCUAGAGUACCACAUAAGGGAAGAACUGAAUAGAACAGCACCUCGCACAAUGGUUGUACUAAAUCCACUUAAGGUUGUCAUUACAAACAUGGAAGCUAGCUCUGUAACUUACAGUGAUGCAAAGAAGUGGCCUGAUGCUCCAGUGAAUGAUGCAUCUUCUUUUUACAAGGUCCCCUUUUCCAAGGUUCUGUACAUUGAACAUUCUGAUUUUCGAUUGAAAGACUCUAAAGAUUACUAUGGGCUUGCUCCUGGAAAAUCUGUCCUCCUCAGGUAUGCAUUUCCUAUUAAGUGCACAGAAGUAAUUCUUGGUGAUGAUAAUGAGACCGUUCUUGAAAUUCGGGCUGAGUACGACCCUUUGAAGAAAACCAAGCCAAAGGGGGUUUUGCACUGGGUUGCAGAAUCUGCUCCCGGGGUUGAUCCACUUAAGAUUAAAGUCAGAUUGUUCGACAAACUCUUUAUUUCUGAGAAUCCUGCUGAACUUGAUGGUUGGCUUGGUGAUUUGAACCCGGAAUCUAAAGUAGUCAUAUCGGAGGCAUAUGCUGUACCGUCACUUAGAGAUGCUACGAUUGGAGACAGAUUUCAGUUUGAAAGGCUUGGCUAUUUUGCUGUUGAUAAGGAUUCAACUCCUGAAAAGCUAGUGUUCAACCGGACUGUCACCUUGCGAGAUACUUAUGGCAAGGCAGGAAAGUGA